AUGGUCACUAAGCUAGUCCAGCCACAAAUGACAGAUUCCUAUGUGAGUCCUCUCAUUUGUAGAACCAUGAAUGUCAUGAAGCUCCAAAAUUUUGUCACAGCCAGAAAUCAUUUAAGAAUAAACACCUCAAGAUUUGGUGGGAGACCAUUAUGGUUUAGACCCGUUACAAUCAUUAAAGUUGCAGAGCACAAUUCUGGGUCAGGCUUAGUUGAGCUUGAAACACUUGCUCAGAAGAAAAGAGAGCUUUACCAGGCGGUGGAAGGAAUCAAUAGGGGAAUUUUUGGAAUGCCAUCUGCUAAGAAAUCUGAAAUUGAAAGUUUGGUGCAGCAGCUAGAAUCUCUGAAUCCUACUCCAUACCCAACUCAAGAACUUGAGAUGGUAGCUGGGUGCUGGAGGCUUGUUUACAGUACAAUCUCAAUUUUGGGAUCAAAGAGGACCAAGUUAGGCCUCAGAGACUUUAUCUCACUGGAUGAAUUUUUUCAGACUAUUGAUAUAUCCAAGGGCAAAGCAGUUAACAUGAUCAAGUUCAGUGCAAGGGGAUUGAGUUUGUUGUCUGGACAGCUUAGCAUUGAGUCCUCUUUCAAGAUUGCUUCCGCAACAAGGGUUGACAUUAAUUUUGAAAACUCCACCAUCACUCCUGAUCAGUUGAUGAAUGUGUUCCGGAAAAAUUAUGAUCUUCUGCUGAGCAUCUUCAAUCCAGAGGGAUGGCUGGAAAUCACAUAUGUUGAUGAUUGGAUGAGAAUAGGAAGGGACGACAAAAGCAAUAUCUUUGUUCUGGAAAGAUUUGGUGAUUCGUAA